GUAGCGUCAGCCCAGACUGAUGACGACAGCAGCGUGAACCCGGAAGAGGAGUGAGCGGCGGUGACCUUUGAGUACGUAGAGAGGAAAAAUGACUGAACAGAGAUGUGAUUGUUCUGCUCUGCCGUCGACACCAGCGAACACUCGGCUCGUUUCACCGAGUUAACAGCGAGAAUAAGGAGCUGCCGAGCUGUCCGAGAAACGGAAUGUCGUUGCGGACAGAAGCCACGGCUCGUUAUUCGGUGAAUUUCGUCAGACGGACGUCGGAGGAUGCUAAGCGGCUAGCCAACUGAUGAGAGUUAGCCCGUGUGUUCCCGGGAUAAUUUGACAGCUUGGUUGAACCGUGUUCGGGCUGUUUGCUGUGUGACAGUCGACGUGUUUCUCUCAAACCUCCCCGACAGGUGUGAAGCAGAAAGGUAGCGGACUUUCCGGGACCCUGCUGCUGCUCCGGCAGCCACGUCAGCUCGCUACACCUCUCUGUCCUGGUUCACUGCGGACACUGCUGGGAUCCAAGUUUGGUUCUUUUUUAGUUGCUAACAAAAACCUCCCGCGGCCAUGGCUCCGAUGGGUAUCCGGCUGUCUCCGCUCGGUGUGGCGGUGUUCUGCCUCCUUGGAGUCGGCGUAAUCUACCACCUGUAUGCCGGGGUCAUCUCCAGCCGCCUGGCUGCGUUCAGACAGAGGAGGAAGGUGGAUCUGAGGGACCUGCUGGCUGUCUCAGUGGAGGCUGCGAUUCUGGGUGGCAAGGAGGUAAAGAAGGUACGUGAGGAAAAUGGCCUGAAUGAGAAGUCAAAGGGCAAGACACGGGAGGGAGCCAGUGAACUUCUAACGAUGGGCGAUCUGAGGUCUCAUAGGAAGAUGUUUAAUCUACUACGGAACACAUUCCCUGAAGUUAAGGUGAACAGCGAAGAACAUGACGACACAGUGGAUAAAACGAUAACCUGGAGCCGGCUCAUUCCAGGUGAUAUACUGGACAAGAUCGACGGGGGAAAGGACAUAUCUCCUGAGAGCCUCACUGUGUGGAUCGAUCCUCUAGAUGCGACACAAGAAUAUACUGAGAAUCUGGUGAAGUACGUGACCACGAUGGUGUGUGUGGCUGUAGAAGGUAAACCAGUCAUUGGGGUCAUACACCAGCCGUUCACUGAUUUCACUGCCUGGGCGUUUGUAGGUCAUGGAUCAAAUAUGCAUUCACGAUCAUCCUACAGCGCCCCUCCUUCAAAAGUGAUUGUAUCACGUUCCCACUCUGGACAUGUUCAAAGUUACGUUCGUGAGGCUUUUGGAAACAGCACAUCUAUCAUAGAAGCAGGUGGAGCAGGAUACAAGGUGCUGUCACUGUUGGAGAUGCCUUCAACUGAAGCAGGCUCUGUAGACCAGGCAGAUCUUUACGUCCACAUCACCUUCAUUAAGAAAUGGGACAUCUGCGCUGGUGCAGCCCUAUUGAACGCACAGGGAGGCCACAUGACGACUCUAAAGGGAGAGGACAUCGACUACAGUGGAACUGCUAUCAACAAAGGAGGCCUGGUGGCCAGUGUGGGUGUGGAUCAUAAGGCCAUACUGCAAAAACUGCCAACCUGGGACCCUGAGAAGCACUGAAACACAGCGACACAGAGCCAUUGGUAGUUUGGUCAGGUUCUGGGAAAGGCGACACGUGGCGGCUCUAUAACUGAGAGUGGGCUAUAAACGUAAUCAGACCUUCAUAAUUUCAGCAUCGGACACCAAACAUCUACCGAUCAGAUGGACUGGAGUUACUGUCACCAACAUGGGCCACGAAGCAGGACUGUGGAACCAGCACAGCUGCCACUGGAAGCUGCAAAGACUGGAACAAUGGCUCUGAAUACACACUCCUCUACAUACAUACAUUCUUGCAGCUCAGAGAAACGGUACAUCUUCCUCUCCUCGGACAAUCGCAAACAAACACAAGCUCGCAUUGGACAACAGGAUGACUCUAAUGUGAAAUAGUAAACCGAGGAGCACAGUGCUGAACACGACAGCGAAACCCAUGAAGGGACAUUUGGCUUUCAUCGUCUUAAGCCCACAUGUUCAUCACAUGAGUAAGAAACACCAUGGAUCACAGACAGGGACGGUAGAUUAACCAUCAGCACGAGCUUAUCUCAGUUAGUGAAAUAAUAACCUAACAGGAUUUAAGACUGCGUAGAAACUCGCACUGACAAACAGUCCCUGUGGCCUGAACAACAUCUGAAAUAUUACAGUUUUACUGGCCACUUGAUUGCAUUUCAAACCCUCUGUUCACCAACAGCGUUACAGCACAACAAUUCUCUUUACACCUUCUUCAGCAUUUCAGCUUUGGACUGAGAGUGAAUAUUCUUCCGAACAGAAAAAAAGAAGAAGACCUUGCCCCCAUUUUUCAAAGCAGAAUGGAAAAUGGUGUACUGAUUCUUUUUAGAGUAAGCACCAUGCGUUUCAUCCCAGUGAACUACGAAGAGUGUUUAUAAUAGUCCAGCUCGAUAGCAGUCAUUUAUUUGUAGAUUUAAAAACAAAACGUCCACAGUCACAGCAACGCCUGGAAUGAGAUCAGUUACUAAGGUACUAGUUUUACUAAAGCUUCCUGCAGCUCAACUGGAGAAAAAAACACAGUUUGGUCACAAAUGAACAAAGAUUAAAUUGUUACAGGGAAAUGUGAAGAAGUGGUCUAUUUCCCAUUUUUUAUUGUUAGACUUCUGGAUGAUGAAACCUUUUUCUCAUGCCGUGACAGAUUGUUUUUCCUCACCUGUAAUAAUAUAGCACAACUUUACUCUAAGGUGUGCCUGCUGGGAAUAGAAGGAAUGCGAAGAAGUGUGUAUUGAAUCUGAAUCCUGAGUAGAGGUUUAAUCAGCCAGAAUCAUUUUGAAUGUGAAGAACUUGAAGUUGUCAUUUCUUUUCUCUUUUUUUUCCUUUUUUUAAAAAAUUAUCUUCCUCAGAAUCCUGUCGAUACAAAAGUCACGAGUUAAACACCUUCCCAGUCUGGUACAACAUCACCUCCUCUCCAGCACAAACGUGUUGCUCAGAUCGUUGCUCUUCUUAGUAAAUUCGUCUUGCUGAACCAGACUACAGACUGAACAACAGCCUGAGCUCACCACUGCUAAGAACAGUGUACAGUGUCAUCCAAUGUGUACAGCCUCAUUCUUCACUUUAAAGCGACCAUCAGAAGAAAACGCUUUUACGUUUCAGUGGUUUCAUGUCUAAAGAACUAAAUGCAAGUCUUUUAAAAACAUGAGUGGGUUUUAAAAAAAAAAAAAUCCUGGAAUGAAAAUAAUCUGAGAUGGACUUGUGUGUCUCUUUUCCCAAACCAUUUCUGCUGCACAAUCCACACCUGGAAUAUUGACUUGUCUAAGCCUUGCCACCCAGGCUGUGUUUUGUUGGAUCCUCGACUGUACACGGUGUAUGUGUACUUGCAUGGUUUUGUAUUUUGAUUAACCUUUGGCCCUCCUGUUUCCAUCCCGAUGAAAAUGCCCCUGCCUCGAUGAACCUGUAUUCCUGCUGACUACUGUAGAUCUUUCUGUCUGCAAUAACUCUAUCAGUCUGUUUGGACUGACAGUUCUACAACCAAUCAAAUUUUCUUUUGCUGUGAAACUAUGGUAAAUCAUGAAAACCUCCUGCAAAGUAUGAGCUCAUGCCAUGGACCUGUUUCAUGUUCAGUUUGUCUCAGCAUCCUUUGUGUUGUUAGCUUUGUUUAGAUGAAAACUGCGUAGAGUUUAAAUGUUGUUACAGUACGUUCUGCCACUGACUCACCAUACCUGGUGGAUCAUAAUGACUUGGAGAAGCUGUUAGGAGGUUAAAGGCCCAAUCUGGAGAGAGUAGAGUUGACAUUAGAAACAGAAAACAGAGUUCAGUUUUAAAAGUCAGAGCUGGUACAUCUAUUAGAGGUUGGGCCUUGUCGUGCUAAAUUUCAGUUCUUUGAUUUGAGUGCCUUUGAUCUACUUUGUAAACGGUUAUGCUUUGAUAAUUUGAUAAUGAUGGCCAAUACGCUGAGGGUAAUUCUGCAACAGAGAUGUAGAUGGCAUCACAGUGCCCUCUGCUCGUGUGCUGUAUGAAAAACAGUUUUGAGUAAGAGAAGGUGAUUAAAGGGAACCACUUUACACAUCGGAGUCUGUUCAGAGAUGUUGGGCUGUCGCACCUUGUAUAUUUAAAAAAAUAUAGUUUUGUUGAGCUCCUUUGGGGGUUCAGAGUUAGAAGUCUAAGUGUAAAGUGAUGCCUCUUGUGUCAGCAUCAGUGUGGCCUUAAGAUUUGCAACAAACAAUGGGGGUUUGUGGAGUUACAAGUGAGAUUGCCAAACCUCCAACCAAGCUGUGGCUGGAUUAGGUUUUGACAAGAAAACUGUCAUUUAAUAUCAAAGCAAUUCAAUGCUAUAUCAGUGGAGUGCUUUCAAUGUGUAGAUGUGAAUCUAAAGGGUGCAGAUUGUUGGUGCAACUACAGACUGUACAUGUGUUCUGCUCUACACAUCUCAACAUUAUUGUUUAAAAAGUGUAUUAUUUACAGGUUGCUUAUGUCUUGAGCUGUUGUCAGUAUAGAGGAGCGAAUAUGGCGACCUCAGUAAUUCACAACAUUCAGUUCUUGUAAGAUUUGAUAGAUAAGUUUUGAUACAAUAAUUAGCCGUAAAUUGUUAACAUCGACUUGACACAAUCUUAACAGAUGUAUUUAUAUCAGCAGUUAUUGGAAUCAUGGCGAUCAGACUCAUAGGUUCAACAUUGAGCUGCGAGGUUUUAGCUGAAGACAUUUCAGCAGUGUUCACUCCACUGGAUGCCUAUGAGUGUAACACAGGCCGUUUUCUACCAAUCUCAAGCUGAUGAUUUAGUAAUUUUUUCUUCUGCAUGGUUAAUGGAACUAAUUAAGCAAAAGUAGGUUUUUGGUUCGGCCCGGGGGAUUCUCAUUUUUAUUCAAAUAACGCAAGAACAUUUGACUUAAACUACUAAGAGUUGAUGAAACUAAAUAGUUGCAUUUUAUGCCAACGGAGGAAAGUUUUUAAUACUGUGUCAGUCAUGUUUUAAAUGUGGAGAGACGAUUACGCAGAGAUACACAGCAGUUGAGUGGUUAAGCUGACCACCAUAUCUGCCUCUAACCAGCAUGUGAGGGCGAUAAGGACAGGGAAUAUUCAGCUUGGAAAUGAGAUGCAACAGACUUUAAGAAAAACUAGUACAUGGACAAACAGGACUACCUGUGUCCUUCAGGAUGCUUGAUAGGAAGGUGAUGUGCCGUGCUUUUAAAAGGCUGAGGGUCACUCUUGUCAGUCGGUUGGAUAAUCAGGUUGAUGUACAGCUGCUCUCUGAGUCAUUCAUCCUGCUUCUGCUGUGAAUUUCCAAUAAAACAUCAGUGUGCAUGAUGGUA